CUCCCACCCACCCCCUUCCCUCUCUCGGCCGCCGCACUCGCAGCCGGGCUUAGUGUGGCGCUGCCCGCUGCCAACUCUCUCUCUCACUCGCUUUCGCGCGCGCGCUUCCAGGAAUGCCCCGGGCGGCGAGGAAGGCGCUUUAGAAGAUGUCCAGGCUGGAGGCAGCUUGCCGUCGGGCGGGCGGGCGGCAUGGCGACGAGCGGCGAGGCGGCGUCUCCCCUUUUGCGCGGCUGAGGCUCUGAGGCUGCCGCCGCCGCCGCCGCCCGGCGCACAAUGAAACUCUACUGCAAAGUGGUGGCCCUGGCGCUCUGCCUGGCGCUCCUGCUGCUGCUCUACCUCUUCGUGGGCAGCGACGCCGACGAGCCGCCUUUGAAAGCGGCCGCGGGGGGAAGCCGCCCGGCGCGCGCCUCCUCCUCCUCCAGGCCCGGCGGGGACUUCGCCGCCGCGGGGCGCUUCCGACCCGUCCAGGCUGCAGAGGAGCGAGAGGAGGAAGAAGAGGCGGCGGCGGCAGCAGCGGCGGCUCAGGCUCAGGUUUCCAAGAGGGAGCCACGUCUCCACAGAAAAACGGGCAGGCGCGGCGCUGCCCGAGGGAAGUUUGCGAACGUGAGGAGACCAAAGGACCAGAAGCAUUCUGCAGCCCCGCUCUCAUCUCCGCAGUGGAUGCAUCUUGCGGUUGUAGCAUGUGGCGACCGGCUGGAAGAAACUCUCGUCAUGCUGAAAUCAGCAGUUCUCUUUAGCUACAGGAAACUCAAAUUUCACAUCUUUGCUGAGGAUUCCCUGAAACCUGAAUUUGAGAGGAAACUACAGGAAUGGCCCCCUUCGUACACAAAGAAGUUUGAAUAUAAUGUCUACCCAAUCGCCUUUUCAGUGGGAAAUGCUCAGGAAUGGAAAAAAUUAUUCAAGCCAUGCGCAGCCCAGCGGCUCUUUCUCCCGACGAUUUUAAAAGACGUAGAUUCCCUUCUGUAUGUGGACACAGAUGUCCUAUUUUUGCGACCCAUUGAUGACAUCUGGGGCUUCCUGAGAGCAUUCAAUUCCACGCAGCUGGCCGCCAUGGCUCCGGAACACGAAAUACCAAAGAUUGGCUGGUACAGUCGGUUUGCUCGCCACCCAUAUUACGGAGUGACUGGGGUAAAUUCUGGAGUCAUGCUGAUGAAUUUAACCCGUAUUAGGAAUGCCCAGUUCAAGAACAGCAUGAUACCGACAGGCUUGGCAUGGGAGGAGAUGUUGUACCCUUUAUACCAGAAGUACAAAAACUACAUAACAUGGGGAGACCAGGACUUGCUCAACAUCAUUUUUUACUUUAAUCCAGAGUGUCUCUAUCUGUUUCCUUGCCAAUGGAACUAUCGACCGGAUCAUUGCAUGUAUGGCAGUAACUGUAAAGGAGCAGAGGAAGAAGGCGUUUCUAUUCUACAUGGGAACAGAGGUGUCUACCAUGAUGACAAACAGCCUACUUUCAAAGCACUCUAUGAAGUGAUACGUGAUUUUCCCUUUGAAGACAAUCUCUUCCAAUCAAUGUACUACCCUCUCCAGUCAAAAUUCCUUGAUACUGUACACACUUUAUGUGGGCGAAUUCCUCAGGUUUUUCUGAAACAAAUCGAAAGAACCAUGAAGAAAGUCUACGAAAGCCGGGUGAUCGUCAACGUUGGAGCCAACUUCAGAUUAUAAGCGCAGCAAUGUAUUUUGAUACGGUUUUCAUAUUCUUAUCCAGACCUCCUAAGGGACAUUAGGCUAUUUUAGGCUGCAAUCCUAUACACACUUCCCUGGGAGCAAGUCCAACCUAACUCAGUGGGGCUUACUUCAGAGUAGGCAUGUAUAGGCCUGUGCUGUCAGACAGUUUGCAGCUUGAGCAAAAGUGCCAGUUGGGGUGUUAGCUUAUUGGUUUGGUUUUAAUGGUGUACACAUACAGUUCACGAGGUUGAUGAUAAUGAGAGUGGACAUGGGUGAAAGUCUAGGAAUUUCGCUGGAAGAUGUCGGGAUUUUUCUGCAAUUGAUUGCUAAAGCAUGGAGUCUGGACGUGUCCCAUUUCAGAACAUACACUAAAUUUUAAUGUUUAUGAGGUAAAAAAAUAUAAAUUUCAGCUGCCCAGGAAAAUGAAUGCCUUGAGGUAGGUAGAGACAGAUAUUGGGUGAACCCUGAAUUUCUGUGAGGAGGUCGCUUUCUUCUUCAAAGUCAUUACUUUUACUUGAAAGAAAUUCUGUUGACUAUGUUUACAGGUAUCACUUCAGUUUUACAGUGGCAGAAGAAGAAGGAAAUGCAUUAACUUUUCCUCAUGUAAUGAACUCGUUGCUCUUAUCUCUUUACUUUGGCCUUGCGGAUGUUGCUGAACCACAACUCCCAUCAUCCCUGACCAUUGGCCAUGCUGGCUGGGGCUGAAGGGAGUUUUGGUCCAGGAAGAUCUGGAGAGCCAAAGGUUCCCCAUGCUUGUCCUAGAUCUUAUCAGUAUUUUGGACCUUGAUACUUCCCUUACGAACAUCUUUCCUCUAUUGUGGUUACCAAAGCUAGUGUAGGAAGUACCCAUGAAAUGCAAAAGUUUGUUAAGUUAACAGACUAGCACCAGAGCCAGCUACAGGGAAACAGUUUUGCAGCAGUAACCAUACCAUAACAGCAGUCUAUCAACUGAGCAUUAAUUAGGAUCAGUGUGUAGGCUGCUUCCUUUGAGCUGAACAUGAAACUGAGGGAAAUUCAUCCUGGCUGUACGUUUACAUUGCACUGUUAUAUUUGAGACUGAGCUAUCUAUCUUCUCUACAGCAACAGGGGAACUUGCUGCUGCAGAAGUGCACUUGGUAGAUUGUAGUUAGAGGUCACAAGCCACUUGGAACAUCUUCUCUGCAAGCCCCAAUGGGUGAAUUGAAGAUGCAUAAAACCCUUGCUCAACUCCUGUGCAUUUGAUAUUCAGUGUGGCUGUAUAAGGGGCAGUUUAUGAACUGUACAAAAAUUAGGGGUAGAGUGGGAGAGAUGUUAGGUUAGAUCUUGAAACAGGCUGAUGGUUUUGCCUUUUGGGUUUUUUUAAGUAAGCUGUAAGUAGAUUUCAUACUUGUCUAGGCCUGAGGACUUUGAUCUGUUUUUCUGCUGCUAAUAGCAAAUGCCUACUAAUUGCUAUGGCACCAAGUUUAGAGAGACCAAGACCACCUGCUUUUGGUUGCUUUUGCCAUGCCCAAGACCCCACUCCCCCACAGACACAUUUGUCCUCAAAAGUAUAUUAUGGAUACCAGUACUGUAUAAAUUUAUAGUGCCUCGUUGGUUUUGGAUACGAGCACUCUGAUUCAGCAGCCGUCUCCCAUGCACAGAAAACUGUUAAUGACUUCUGCUACACAAAAUAAAUAAGGAGCUGCUCCACUGUUCUUUCUUGCACACAGGGGAUCCUGUGUAGGAAGUUCCUGUGCGUGGGUAACAAAUGAGAACAAAUGGUAGAAUAAAAAGGCAGUAGAAUAGAUUCAUCUAUACAAAGUGUUGUCCAUGUGGAAGUUGCUGCAGUGGCACAGUGCAGUACAGCUAGUCAGUCUGCAUUGCCGCACUGCCUGUGAACAUCUCAAGGCUCAUUCAGACCUGGAGAAGGGGAGCAAGCCAUUCUCAGGGUCACAUAUAUGCAGCCAUUUUGUUUAAAGCAUCACCGGCAUUGGUAAGUCUCUGGCUCAACCACCCUCACUAGCUGAUGCAAACUUCAACGGUGCAAAGAGGAGCAUUUCCAUAACUACAGCACCAACAGUGGUAAAUAAAUGAACAGUGUUGAUAUUGCAAUAUACGACACUGUUAUAAUAAGUAGCAGUGUUGUUCCAGCACCAUCUCUUAUCAUUUCAUAGUAUUUAUUACCUCCCGUGGGAGAAAUAAUAACUUACUUUCUCUCUGCCAGUGUUUACACCACUAAUGAGAAUAGCAGGCACUGUUAGUGCUGUUUCCUUGCCACAUGUAGGUAAGAUUGUAUAUAAAGGACCAAAUGGGAAGUCUGAUUAGCUAGUUGUUAAGGUGGCAUGGGACUCUUUGGUCAUGACGCAACACAGAGUUAAGUGUUCCUACAUUCAUUAAUCUCGAUGGGCUUCAGCACGCUUAUGUCUGUGACAGAUUGUGCCUCACCUUCUUGGCAACAGGUGAAUACAGCUGUACUUAGGAAGCAAAAGGCUUGCAGUGCAAUAACAGCCCCAUUCUUGAGUGAAAACGCAGAAUGCUGUCUUUGACAGAAAUAGGAUUGUACUGUUCCACCUGUAGAAUUUGAAGAACUGACAGAAUGUCUGCUGUAAUUCUCCCCUCAGCCACCCCCAUGCAUACUCUGUGCUGCCCCCAAACCUUCUCCUGAAGGUUGAAGAACCCUUCAGAACAGAUUUGGGUAGACGAUGUUCCGUCAUGCAAUGAAAAAUCCUUCCAGUGAUGGAACGUUCACCAUAGCGCUACAUUGAAUUCAACCCCAGGUUACUAAGCAGGUGUCUUUUAGAGAUGUUCGAUGUAGCGUAUGGUUUCAGAACAAAUUCUGAAUAUGUGCAGUUGCUUUGUGAAAGGGGUUCCUGUUACCCUACGUAUCUUUUAAGAUUUCUGUGUGACACCUGAGAGCAUGUCCAUGUUUCAAGCUCUGAAAAGACCUUCAGUGUGUUCUGAAAAUUCUGAAGCCUGCCAUGUUUCAGGUAAAAUGGUCUACAACAUAGAGGGAGAAGUGUAGUACAAGUAACUGCUACAUACACAAACCUAGCAUUUGAUUCAGGCCAGUCUGACAAAUGUGUGUGGUAAUCUGAUCUCAGACUCUGGAGAGGAGGAUAGGUAUGAAACGUCUGCUGAAAUUCGGUAACAAUGCUGGUCAUAGGCCUUCUGCUUUCAGAGUCAAACGUUUAAGUCCUUUUUGUGUAUUCAAAUAUCGAGUUCCAAUUUCAUGAUUAUGGUAAAGUAAAAGGUAAUGAAGGAAGCAAAGGGUUUGAGUUGGUUGUGGAACAGGGAUGGGUGUGACCCUCCAGAAACCAUUGGACUACAACUCCCAUUAUCCCUGACCAUUGAUAAUGCUGGCUGGGGCUGGUGGGAGUUGGAGCCACCAAUAUCUGGUGCAUGAUAGAUUUGCAGAAGCUGCAAGGUUGUUUUGUUUUUUGUUUUGUUUUUUACAAGGAAGCAUAUUUUCUCCAGUGUCUUCCUUUGGUAUAUGAAGGAUUUGGUUUAACAUUAAAAACCAUGCUGCACAAUAUUAAUGAAAUUAUGCAAAAGAAAUUGUUUUCCAUAUGCAUUUUAUUUGGGUUGGGAGGGUGUAGCCGCUAAAGUUCUUAAGGAGUUUUUUAUAUAUAUAU